AUGUCUGCCGACGAGACCAAGCAGGCGCGCUCCCGCGUCUUCUUCGACGUGACCAUUGGUGGCAAGUCCGCCGGUCGCAUUACCAUGGAGCUCUACAACGAUCUUGUCCCCAAAACUGCCGAGAACUUCCGCGCUCUCUGCACAGGAGAGAAGGGCUUGGGCAAGACCGGAAAGCCCCUCCACUACAAGGGAUCUGGCUUCCACCGUGUUAUCAAGCAGUUCAUGAUCCAGGGCGGUGACUUCACCGCCGGCAACGGAACUGGCGGCGAAUCCAUCUACGGCGAGAAGUUCGAGGACGAGGCCUUCCCCUUGAAGCAUGAGCGCCCUUUCCUUCUUUCCAUGGCAAACGCUGGACCUAAUACAAACGGCUCUCAGUUCUUCAUCACCACCGUCCCGACCCCCCACCUCGACAACAAGCACGUUGUCUUCGGUGAAGUCCUCAACGGCAAGUCUGUUGUCCGCCAGAUCGAGAACCUCCAGACCGAGACUGGCGACAAGCCCGUCAAGGAUGCCGUCAUCGCCGACUGCGGUGAGCUCACCGGAGACGCUGCCUUGGCUGCCGAUGUCAAGGCCCCCGAUGCCAUGGGUGAUACCUACGAGGACUACCCCGAGGAUUGCGCCUCCCCUCCCGACGCAAAGGAGACGCUCAAGAUCGCCACGGCCUGCAAGGACUUUGGAAACAAGGCCUUCAAGGCCGGCGACUUCCAGACCGGUCUUGACAAGUACCAAAAGGGUCUGCGCUACCUCAACGAGGAGCCUGACCUCGACAACGAGCCCGCCGAGGUACAGGCCGAGCUCAAGGCCCUCCGCUUCUCCCUGAACAACAACUCGGCCCUGCUCAACAUUAAGCUUGAGAACUGGGAGGAUGCCGCCAAGACCGCCGGCUACGCCCUCGACAUUGCUGGCAUUAAGGAUGCCGACCGCGCCAAGGCUCUCUACCGUCGCGGCUUCGCCAGCGUUCGCCUCAAGGAUGACGAGAGCGCCAUCAAGGACCUGGAGGAGGCUCACAAGCUUGUUUCCGAGGACAAGGUCAUCCUCAAUGAGCUCAACGCCGUCAAGCAGAAGGCUUCCGCCCGCGCGGCCAAGGAAAAGGCUGCGUACAAGAAGUUCUUCCAAUAA